AUGUCCUCCGCCGCCGCCGCCGCCCGCGCCGCGCGCCGGCACUUCUCGUCUCGGCUCCAGACUACCACCACGGGCCUUCACCAUGCAAGUGAUUCCCAGGCAGCGGCGCGGGAGGCAUCCGGGAGCUUCAUCCACCCCGCCGCCGUCGUCCACCCCGAUGCAGCCAUCGGGCAGGGUGUAUCGAUAGGCCCCUUUUGCACGGUUGGGCCUUCAGCCAGAGUUGGUGACGCCUGUCAAUUACAUGCCGGGAGCCAUGUCGUGGGAGAUACUGAGCUAGGGGAGGGAUGCGUUGUUCAAACUGGUGCUAUCCUUGGUGCAGAUAUCCCUGGGCGGACAAUUAUUGGGGAAAACAAUGCCAUCGGACUCUAUGCUGUUGUUGGUGCAAAAUGCCAAGAUUUGAAAUAUAAGACUGGAGAUGAAUGCUUUCUACAUAUUGGUAGAAAUAACGAGAUCAGAGAGCACUGCUCUAUUCACCGUUCUUCUAAAUCUUGUGACUGCACGGUUAUUGGUGACAAUAAUCUCGUUAUGGGUUCGUCCCAUAUAGCUCAUGAUUGCAAGAUUGGUAACAAUAACAUCUUUGCUAAUAAUACUCUAUUUGCUGGCCAUGUAGUUGUUGAAGACUGGACUCACACUGCAGGGGCUGUUGUUGUCCAUCAAUUUUGUCAUAUUGGGUCAUACUCAUUUCUUGGUGGAGGCUCUGUGGUUGCACAAGAUGUGCCAAGGUACAUGAUGGUUGCAGGUGAUAGAGCAGAGCUCCGCGGUCUGAAUAUUGAAGGUCUCAGGCGCAACGGAUUCUCCGACCAAGAGGUCCGUAGGUUGAGGAAAGCUUAUCAGAAAGUAUUUAUGCCAACUAUUACUAACAAGAGUAGCUUUGAAGACAGACUGGCUGAAUUGGUAUGCAUGCUUGCCCAUCGUUUUGUUUUUACCUCCAUGUGUGCAUGUAUUUAUUUAAAUCCGUAUCAACAGGAGCAGGAAAUUGAGUUGUCAGAAUCUCCUGCUGUAUCCUGCAUGGUUGAAUCGAUCCGCAUGUCAUUUGUUCAAGGACGUCGAGGGAUUUGCAAAUUCAGAAGUGCAUAUUCAAUUUUGCCAUUGAUCUACUAUACCCGAACAGAUGGAUACAUUGCCAAGACCCUGAAAAUUGGAUUAGGUAAUCCAUGUCAAGCAUGGGUGACCAACAAGAUGUUCUUCGCAUCCAUGUAUGGGACAUUCUAG